AUGGUAUUGUUCAAGGAAUGUGAAUUGCGGUCGCCAUCCGGGCAUGUCAGAGAUGACUCGGUCAGCAGAGCGUGUUGCGCCUUGAACUUGACGUUUAAGAUGCCUCAACUCUUGCCGCGGGCCAUCGCUGAUAAUGAUAUAUUGAAAAAAUUACAUUCAAAGCCGAGUGUUAAAAAAUUUAAGAUGAAUCAUCAUAAUAACCAUGAACUUGCGGAAGCUGAUGCUUGUAGCCGCAGGAUACGGAAUGAAUUAGUAUUGUGCUACAUUCUGAUUAUUACCGUAAAUCUAUUUUUCUAUGUAAAUGAUGUUGGGUCAGAGGAUGCCACUUGCCUUGUGAUAAGCCAUGAACUUGAUUGUGGUAAUGGAUCACGAUCGAGUAGCCUGAUGGUAAGGAGACGGCUAAAGUAUGGUCCAAGUACCAUUGGUCAU